AUGCAGACCCUUAUCGAGGGGUGGGUGACAGAGGCUGGUGCUACAGACAUGGAGGCGCCAAACUCUGACUUUGUGAUCUUGUUAAGAAACAUGCUGUCAAAUCCUGAAAACAGGGAAAACUUCUUUCAGGUUGCCUCCGUGUUGGGUGAUGCGUCCUCUGUUCUGGAGGAGUGGUAUGGAGUCCUGUGUCGCAGUUCUCGACCUGUGAGACGAAACAGAGGCCUGAAGAUGAAACAGAUUCUGCAGAGAAGAGAAGAGGGCGAGUUCGUGAAGAGGCUGUUGCCGCCGGCAGACCUGCUUCUAGGAAAACCAAACCGCUCCGCAGGGCUCCCCCCAGGGUUCUCUGAAUAUGAGGAGUCAAGGCAGCUUCAGAGAGGACUCUGUACAUGGCUCCUCUCAGUAUCUGCAGUGAAGACGAUUCGUGGUCUUACUACUCAGAUGAGGACUCUUGCCAAUAGGUCGACUAGUAGCAGUCCCAGUGUGGCGGAUUCGUGGUCUAACUACUCAGGUACCUGCCUCCCUCUUCCUGUUUUGCGCCUCCUGGUCUCACCGAUGCGGCUGGUCUCGGCAGCGGUCUGGCAGACCAUCCAGCAGAAAGUUGUGGCCGAUUAUGGGAUGCUUGAGGAGUUUGUUUCCGUGGUUACAGACAUUGUCCCAGAGCUGCUCACCACCCACCAGAGGGCCCAACUGAUCCUGGGCCUCAGAGCACGGCUGAUCCUGGACUUGUGUCGGUUUGAAGCUUCUGCUGACUGUGAGAUCGUGCGGCCACACCUGGACAGGAUGCAGACCCUUAUCGAGGGGUGGGUGACAGAGGCUGGUGCUACAGACAUGGAGGCGCCAAACUCUGACUUUGUGGAUCUUGUUAAGAACAUGCUGUCAAAUCCUGAAAACAGGGAAAACUUCUUUCAGAAAGUUUUCCCUGAAGAGUUUGGUCCCACGUUUGAUGAAGCUCUUCACUCCUUGAUGUGGCUGCUUCUGUCCAGACUUGAAAAGUUUCUUCCUCUUCAAACAUUCCAGCAGGUUGCCUCCGUGUUGGGUGAUGCGUCCUCUGUUCUGGAGGAGUGUAUGGAGUCUGUGUCGCAGUGUGAGGAGCUCAGAAUAACGCUGCAGCAUCAAAAAUACCUCAGCCAGCAGGAUCACAAUGAUGGUUCCUUGGACGGUGCCGGCAUCAUUUCAGCUCUAAAGCUUCCCUCUGUAAAAACAACUGAGACACUAAAAACAGAAGCACAAGACAAGAUCCUGGAUCAGGAGCCUUCAACACUGAGUCAUGCAAAACAACCUGACGCAUUAGCAGAGCAUCAGACACGUGAGAUGAACACUGACAGAACUAAUUGGAUUCCUGAGGAAAGUGGAACAGCAGUGGUUUCUAGAGAUAUUACAAGACACGAGGAAAAUGUAGGUCUCCUUCAGAGUCAAGCAGAAGACGCAUGUCGGCUUCUAAAGCAGUGCUGCGUUCAGCUCAAGAGACUUGACGUGCCGCUGUCUCUGCAGUCUCGACCUGUGAGACGAAACAGAGGCCUGAAGAUGAAACAGAUUCUGCAGAGAGAGAAGAGGGCAGUUCGUGAAGAGGCUGUUGCCGCCGGCAGACCUGCUUCUAGGAAAACCAAACCGCUCCGCAGGGCUCCCCCAGGGUUCUCUGAUAAUGAGGAGUCAAGCAGCUUCAGAGAGGACUCGUACAUGGCUCCUCUCAGUAUCUGCAGUGAAGACGAUUCGUGGUCUUACUACUCAGAUGAGGACUCUUGCCAUAGGUCGACUAGUAGCAGUCCCAGUGUGGCGGAUUCGUGGUCUAACUACUCAGGUGAUGCCUCUUCCUUGGUGACUCCUGUCAGCAGUUCAGCUGAACAUGAUUCAUUGUCUAGCUGCUCAAAUGAGGAUCCCCCCUUCACAGGUCCCAGUAUUUUAUCAGCUCCAAGCAGAAAGCUGAGCACAUCUGAUGUCAAAGCCGGCACUCUAAAAAAAAAAAAAAUGUACUGCUUUAUCUGCAAAGAGCAUGUGAACACGAGCCUGAGAACUCACAUGAAAACCCACUUUCCCACCGGGGACUACGCCUGCCCUCGAUGUGACAGCAGGUUUAAACUCUUCACGUCCUUUAAGAUGCACCUGCGCAGAACGUGUUUCGAGUACGGAAAGCAGCAGGUGGAUCCCGAGAAGCCGGACGAAGCCAAAAACCUUUACAAAUGCGACGGAUGCCAAGAGGCGUUCAGGUACAAAAUUUCACUGGACAGACACAAACUGACCCACAACGACCUGUACUGCAGCGUGUGCAGGAAGGUGUUGCGGGACACGGCGGCGUUGGCGCGGCACAAGGCCUCACACACCCUGUUUCAGUGCACCCGCUGCGAGGAGACCUUCACUCUCUUCAUGCCUUUACUCAGACACUGUGAGAACAUCCAUAAAAUCGGCCGACCGUUCAAAUGCAACCACUGUCCCAAAACGUUACCCAAGCUCCGCUUCUUAAUCCUGCACGAGUGGACGCACACGGGUCACCUGCCCUUCCAGUGCACGCUGUGCAGCUGCAGGUUCAAAUCCGACGCAGAUCUCAUUUACCACGAGAGGGUCCACACGAAGGAGAAACCCUACCUGUGUUCAGAGUGCGGCAAGACCUUCUCCCAGAAUUCCAACCUGCUGCGGCACCUGAACCUCAUCCACGGCGAGUUUCGAAACGAGAAGAAGCAUUCGUGCUCUCAGUGUGAGAAAUCCUUCAAAGAGAAAGGAGCCCUGAAGAAACACCAAAGGAGCAAACACCUGAACGAGCUCUUCCGCCAUCCGUGCCCCUACUGCGGGAAGAUGGUCUCCGCGACAACGCUCGCCAGACAUAUAUUAAUCCAUACCGGACAGAGACCGUUCAAAUGCACCGUGCCUGAGUGUGACAAGUACUUCAGGUCGACUUCUGAAGUGAAGAAGCACGUCCUCAUACAACAUACCACAGAGAGACCGUACAAAUGUGAUGUCUGUGGGAAGGGCUUCAUAAAAAUGUGUUUCCUCAACUCACACGCUAAAAUACACUCAGGAGAAAAACCGUUUGUUUGUCAUAUCUGCGGAAAGGCUUUCCUCAAACUCUACAGCAUGCAGAGACACAAAAAUCUGGUACAUACAUUUGUGACACACUAACAUCACAUGGUGGGUGUGCUAUGCUAAGAAAAUCACUUUUCAACCUACAGAGGUUUUGCUGAACCAGUGACUG